AUGGUUUCUGAAAUGGUUUCAGACUCAAGUGACGACGACCCCUCCAUUUCUAAGGUGGACGAGGACGGUAGCGAAAAUGGCUUAAUCGAGGAUAGUAGCGAUGAUUCCUCAAUAGAAGAGGAUUCCGAAGAGUCAAAACCAGAUGCAGCUGAUAUAGAAGAUGAAUCUUCUUCAGAUUUAAAGACGGAAGUAUGGAGAAAUGAUCUGCGUCCCCUGGAAAGUGAUGAACACCUGGAAUUGUCCCCCGGAUGCUACGAUAUGUUGCAUAGAAUCACGCUAGAUUGGUCAUGUUUGUCGUUUGACAUCCUUAAAGAUGACCUGGGAGCGUGCAGAGUGAAUUUUCCAAUGGAGUGUUACGUAGUAUCGGGAACGCAGCCAGGAACAAAACGAGAAAUGGACGCACAGAUACACGUGAUGAGGUGGUCGAACUUGACGAAAAACUUCGGGGAGAUAAACGAGGACCUGGAAGAAGACGAAGAGGACUGCAUAUUUAAAACAUCAAGCAUAAAGCACAAGGGAAUCGUUAACAGAAUACGAGCAUGUCCACAGUCAAGCAGAUUAGUGUGCUCACUGUCGGCAAACGGGAGUGUGUACAUAUGGGAUAUACAGAAUCAACUAAACCAAGUAAAAUCAGGUACAAUAUAUGCAAAUGUAACACUGGAAACGAGUAAACACGACGAUUCGAAGGAAACACAUAAAUCAACACCACUUUACACCGGUAAAUUACACAGUAACGAGGGUUACGGAGUUGGAUGGAGCUCAUUGACCACAGGUCUCCUGGCAACAGGAGAUUGCGAUGGAACACUGGUGUGUUACGAGCCAGUGGAGGGAGGAUGGAAGGACUCACAGCUGCAGCAUUUUGGAACCUCAGUGGAGGACAUAAGGUGGAGUUACACAGAUGCAAACGUGUUACUGGCAGCUUGCUGUGACGGCAAAGUGAAGUUGGUGGACGUCAGAGAUAGAAAGGUGGCUUCUGAAAUCACAGUAACCAAUGCCGACGUUAACGCAAUAUCGAUUAACCCCGUGGAUAACAACUUAGUGUUGGCAGGAUCUGAGGACGGCACGGCGAAGAUAUACGACUUAAGGUUCCCGGAGGCUCACAUGUCAAACCUGAAGUGGCACAACAAGGCAAUAACGUCAGUGGACUGGCACCCCCUGGACUCGUCAGUGUGCGCAGUGAGUUCAAGAGACGACUCGGUGUCGAUAUGGGACGUAUCAAUAGAGUCGGAAACAAACGUGAAUGAGGGCGACCUGCCACAGCAGAUGCUGUUCCUGCACAUGGAUCAGCAGGAGAUAACGGAGCUGAUGUUCCACAGAAACAUACCAGGAGUGAUAAUCACAACAGCGCUAGACGGAUUUAACAUUUUUAAGACAGUAAACGUGGAUUAG